CAAGUUUGCGGUUGGAUUGAACGGGUCGGUUCCGGUGUUCGCGAUCGGUUCCGUCUUUGGACAACAAAAAACACAACACAACGAAAAACAAAUUCGUGUUAAUUGAAAUACGACUGAAAUUUCUGUGAAUCGGAGAUAUAUACGUAUUUUUUGGUGUAGUGUCUACUCGAUCAUUCAGGGUGCAAUUUACUGGAAAUUAGAAAGCAUAGUGAAAGGAAAUGCAAAUGCUUAAAAUGUGUUUCCGGACAAUUAAAAUUCCAAAGGAUAACGCUUGUUAAAUGGGAAUAUAUAAUAUUUAUUGGAUUACCUAAGAGCAUGGAGCUGCGUUGCCUGCUACUAAAUAUCGUCUUCAUAUCCGUUGUGAAUGCUAUGCUGGCCUUUGGCACAACCAGCCAGGAUGAUCGCCGCUGCUCGUAUGGACGCAUUGAGAAACUGACGCGUAUACGCUGCCACAAAAUGGACCUCAAGGAGGUGCCACAAAACCUGAAAACAUCGGUCGAGGUACUGGAUUUAUCGUUCAAUCGCAUUAAGAAGCUCAAAAGUGGCUCGUUCCAGAGGUAUUCGGAUAUUAAGUUUUUAAUGCUGUAUGAGAACAUGAUCUUAUCGGUGGAGCCGGGAACGUUUGCACCCCUCACCUCCCUCCAGGAAAUUGAUCUAUCGAGUAAUGGACUCACCUCGAUUCCCGUGGAGUUGUUUUCGAUGCCCAGACUGCGGAAUCUCUACGUGGACAGCAACGAGCUGAAGGGUCUGCAUCAAGAGCUCCAGACGCUGGAGAAGCCCAUUCGAGCACCACUCGAAUAUCUCAAUGUGGCCAACUGUGAGCUGGACGACAUACCCGAUCUGGGCACACUGCCAAAUCUGUGGCAGCUGAAUGCCUCGAUGAAUCCACUGAAGGAGUUCAGCAUUGACAAAUUGGCAAAUCUGUGCCAUUUAAGUGUCAUCGAUCUGACGAGAACACAGAUCAGCACCUGCGACUGCCACCAAGUGACGAAUCAUCUAAUGACAAUGGGCGCCAAUCCAAAAUAUGUGCCCGUUUGCAUGGGGGCAAUAGACAGCGAUGUGUGUCCACUGCCCUACAAUCGCACAGUGGACUCGUCAACAUUCAGCAGUUGUUUGGCCAGUGCCGAGUUGGCCGAGACGCGCAGCUUUUGGCUAUUUGCCGCUGGCUGCUGCGGCGGCGUCGCACUUGUUUUACUGGUGUUCUGCUACUGCGUGUACAGGUGGCGCAAGAAGCGUACCAAUCGUCGACUCAGCCAAUCGAUUGAGAAUCGCAAACGAUUUGUGAUAUCGCCGCGAAAUGCGAUCAAUAAUCGAUUGGAGGAUCAGCCCCUGCACUGUGAUACUGCCUCAGCAUGACAAUAAUAUUAAACAUAUCGUAUAAUUAGAAUAGUACAUAUUUCUAAGUAUUAUUUAGUUGCCAGUAAUUUAUUAGCCUAGUUCUAGUUCCUCUACUUAAUGUGUAGCUUUACUUAUCUAAUAUAUAUCUAGCAUAUCAACAGACUACCUAUCGAAUUGCCAUAUACAAGUACGAGUACCAAAAAAAAAAGUGGCUUGCUCAAGUACAUAAUUUGGGCCGCAAAGAAUAAUUCUGCUAAUAUAGUCAUAGUUUGUACAUAUUGCUUUCGACUGGAGCAAAUCGAAAAGGUGACUUAGCCGUAAGCGAGUAAACCCUCCAAUAAAUUGUAUGCAAAGAUGAUAAACGUUUUUAAUAAACAACUGCCAAAAUUUUUUUAAA